AGCGAGCAUCUCUCUCGAACCUUCAUUGGGUCCUUAAACUCGCGACUUGGCAAACCCCCGGGAGAAGAUAUUUUCUGCAAAAUAAUUAGAAAACCCUGACUAUUUGCGGAAACGCCCAUCUCUGUUCUAUAAAUCCCAUCCGCCCACCAACCCCCCCAUCGCGGGUCCGGCGAUGGACGUUAAGGGGACUGGGUCCGACGAAGCUUGCUUCUACUCUCUUCUCGGAAUCCAACAGGACGCAUCCGCUUCCGAGGUCAAAUCAGCUUACCGCAAGCUCGCUUUGAAAUGGCACCCGGACAGGUGGGCGAAGAAUCCGUCGGCCGCAGGGGAAGCCAAGCGGAGGUUCCAGCUGAUCCAAGAAGCUUAUUCCGUUCUCUCCGACGAGGGGAAGCGAGCAAUGUACGAUGCGGGGCUCUAUGAUCCGCUAGAUGACGACGAAGAGGAUAUGGGGGAGUUUAUGAAGGAUUUCAUGUCAACAGUGGAAAGGGUCAAAUCCGAGCCUGUGAAGAGUUUUGAGGAGAUUCAAGAGAUGUUCGAUGAUUUGGUGAGCGGGAUGGGGAUGGGGAUGGAGUAUGGCAGGAACGACGGGUUCUCGGGGCCGUCCGAUUCGGCAAAAAGGACACGUGUCAGUUCGCCGAGGAACGGGCGGGCUCAGUAUCGGUGGUGAAAGGUGUGAGGAGUUUGGUGUACAAAAUUGUUGGAGAAAAUUGAAAAUAAUUAAAAGAGUUUAAUUGUGGAAGGGUAGUUUUGUCAAAAUUGUGGUCUUCUUUGUGUUUAUCUUUGUUUAAUUUCAUAAUUUUAUGUUUUUCA